CCUUCUCUUGCCCAUUUGUUCAACCAUUUCAAGUCCUUAUUAAGGAGAAUUCAAAAUAUUAAAAAAUAAUAGAUCUUCAUUUCCGGCAGACCCAUGGAGACGCUUACCGCAAACCCGUUGAUCAAGGCGUUUAUUAUUCUUUUCUUAGUAUCAGCAAGCAUCGCCACCGGCGACGCCCCCUUCAUUAUUGCCCACAAGAAGGCAUCGCUCACCAGACUCAAAUCCGGCGCCGAACGUGUCUCCGUCUCUAUCGAUAUCUACAAUCAAGGCUUCUCGACAGCAUAUGAUGUGAGUCUCGUUGAUGAUAGCUGGCCGCAAGAUAUGUUUGAUAUCGUAAGUGGUAACACUUCAAAGUCAUGGGAGAGACUUGAUGCUGGUGGUGUUCUAUCACAUUCAUUUGAACUGGAGGCCAAAAGACAAGGAAUGUUUAGUGGUGCCUCAGCAGUUAUUACUUACCGUGUUCCGACAAAGACCUCUCUACAGGAGGCAUAUUCAACUUCCAUCAUGCCUUUGGACAUCCUUGCUGAAAGACCUCCUGAGCAGAAGCUUGUGUGGGCUAAGAGGUUGCUGGCUCAGUAUGGAAAUCAAAUAUCUGUGGUCUCGAUAGUGGUUUUGUUCAUUUACCUAAUCGCCACCCCAUCGAAAUCUAGUGCUGCGAAAGCAAGCAAGAAGAAGCGCUAAGAAUAGUUGCAGAGUUAAAAUAGGCU